AUGUCCCGCGACCUCCUCAUCGACGUGCGCACGCCCGCCGAAUACGCCACUGGCCAUCUGACCUCUGACCUCUCCCCCACACUAAACAUACCAUACCAAGACAUAUCCACCCUCGUUGAUGUCUACGCUACAACACACAACAUUACCGUUGACAAGAACGAUCGCAUCACGCUGUAUUGCCGCAGUGGGCGCCGCUCGGAUAUCGCGUGUCGCGAGUUGAAGCAGUUGGGGUAUGCGAAUGUGAGGGAUAUUGGGGGUUUGGAGGAGGCGAGGAGGGUGCUGGAUUGGGAGGUUGUGGAGAGGCAGUUGGGGUUGGAUGGGGAGGUGGGGGUGGGGGUAGGGAAGGGGCAGGGCGAGGGGGAGAAGCAUAAGAGGGUUAAGAGUUUUGGGGCGUUGGUGGAGGGGUUGAAGGCUUUGGAGGGGUGA